AUGCAGAUGGUACUCAUGCGCAACACCGUAAGGACUAUGUUUCAUUUAUGUAAAAAAUCAGAUCCACCAUUAUCCCUUGAAUUGAUUAGACCUAUUCUACCAGUAUUUCGUUAUCUACUUACUGUUCGAAAUCAAAGGGUAAUUUCCAAUACCUGCUGGAUGCUGUCUUAUCUUACCGAUGGAUGCAAUGAAAACAUACAUGCGUUAUUGGAAAUUAGCAUUCUACCGCAAGUUUUAGGGUGUCUGAUGUCGCAGGAAAAAAGUAUCUUUAUUCCAGCAUUGCGCACAGUUGCACAUAUAGUAGAAUCGGGUGAUACUUACGAAACAAGUGCUGUAAUUUCCGCUGGAGGAUUGGCGUAUCUUUGUACCUUUUUGCGAAAUCGUCCUGUCAACGAAAAUAUUGUAAUGGAAACUGUUUCGGCAAUUUACAAAAUGGUUGAUACCGAGGAACAAAUCCAAUGUGUGAUAGAUGCUGGUUUAUUACCACCAUUGAUAGAAAUACUUAAAUUUGGAACAGAUGAGGCACGACAUAUAGUCGCAUGGGCUAUAAUGGAUAUAGCAGCGGAAGGAUCAAUUGAACAUUUGAACGAAUUAGUAAAUGUUGGAUUGUUACCAGCUUUUUGUAAUUUAUUGGAAACAGGGGAUUAUAAGGAUGUUAUCAAUGCCUUAGAUUGUCUAACUGAAAUCUUGCGUGCUGCAGAAAAAGUAGAACAAUUAGAAAAAUUUAUUGUUAUGAUUAAAGAAGCUGGAAUAAUAGAUAAAAUAGAAACUAUUCAAUAUCAUCACGACGAUCUAAUUUAUAAAACAGUUGUUAUAUAG